UGGGAGAUACUGACACAAUAGAGACACACUAGACUGCACAGCUUAUUCUCUCACUUCCGACGUCGACCACUACUGGGGACCGGUCAUGAGUACCGGUCGACUGAAGCGUAAACUAGGUGACCUUGGGGUGGACACGUCUAGUACCAAGGCCAAUGAAUCAUUUUGUUUGAUUGGGACACCAUUACCACCUCUGGAAAAGUCAAAAGACAGUGGAGAGUUCGUACCUAUAUGGAAGCAAGAUGUUCGAGACGAAAAGGGUCGGAGACGCUUACAUUGUGCCUUUACGGAUGGUUUCUCUGCAGGCUACUUCAAUACCGUCGGCUUCAAAGAAGGAUGGGCGCCGUCUACAUUUGUGUCGUCUCGGAAUGACCACGUCAAGCAGAAAGCAGCUCGCCCCGAAGAUUUCAUGGAUGAGGAGGAUCUUCAAGAAUUCAAAGAUAGUCGCAACCUUGAUGAUUUCUCUACUUUGGUCGAAACGUCGCCAGUAUGUGACAACGUCAUUGCGAAACCCAAAAAGUUAUGCCCCAAGAAAGGAAAUCAGGCGCCUCGCUCAGACAGCCAAGGCUGAGAUGAGGCUGUUUGCGCGACGCAGGUCGUCAUCAUUCCAAAUC